GGAACUUCGCGUGAGGGGAAGUGUCUCCUAUGGACCUUUAUUCGUUGAACAGAAACAAGCAGAGAAACCAGAAUGCACGAAGAAUCAGAUAGAACGCAGGAGAAGACGUCCAGUGAAAACAACGAGGAGAAGGAGAUAGAAGAAAGAUUAGAAAAUGGAGAAACAGAAGAAGAAAAAUUAGAGUCGGAUCUUCUCUACACUCUGGAAGAAGUUCCACCAUGGUAUAUGAGCUUCUUUUUCGGAUUCCAGCACUACCUGACGAUGGCAGGAGGAACCAUCGCCAUUCCCUUCGUCAUAAGCCCUUUCCUGUGCCUCGGGGAGGAAGACCCUGCCAGAGGCGCCCUUGUGUCCACCAUCUUCUUCCACUCCGGCCUCAUCACCCUUCUGCAGACCACCUUCGGCGUCAGGCUCCCCAUCAUCCAGGGUGGGGACUUCGCCUACCUCGUGCCCACCAUCUCCAUCCUGACGACUUCCUUCGCGUCCUGUGAGACCUUACCGCUGGGCAACAUGACGGAGACGGCGAAGGAGGCGGUGUGGCAAGGGCGCUUCAACGAGAUCCAGGGCGCUCUCACUGUGGCUGCCGUGGUUCAGGUUCUCCUUGGCUUCACGGGUGCCAUCGGCUUUGUGUUGACCUGGAUCACCCCUUUGGCCAUAGUGCCAACUGUGACCUUGGUUGGCCUUUCCCUCUUUGAUGUGGCCAUCCGACAGGCGGCUCAGCACUGGGGCAUUUCCGUCCUGACGAUGGUGCUGAUGGUGUUAUUCUCACAAUACCUGCGUGACGUGGCAAUUCCUGUUCCUGUGUGGAAGAGAGGCAGACGCGUCGGCACCGUUAACUUCUUGGUCUUUAAGUGUUUUCCUGUCUUGUUAUCUAUCUUCGCCUCAUGGACCGUCUGUGCUGUGUUGACCUCCCUCGACGUCUUCCCGAGGAGGUCCCCGGCCAGGACGGACGCCACGGGCUCCCUCAUGGCUAAUUCCCCUUGGUUUAGGAUUCCUUAUCCGGGACAGUGGGGAAUGCCAAGCGUCAGUGCCGCCGGCGUAGUAGGAAUGCUGGCUGGCACUGUGGCAUCGAUUAUUGAGAGUGUCGGCGAUUACUAUGCCUGUGCAAGGAUAACAGGAGCACCGCCUCCGCCGACUCAUGCCAUCAACCGGGGCAUCGGCAUCGAAGGACUCGGCUGCGUCCUCGCCGGCCUCAUGGGCACCGGGAGCGGCACCUCCUCUUGCUCGCAGAACAUCGGCGCCAUCAGCAUCACGAAGGUGGGGAGCCUCCGUGUGGUCCAGUACAGUGCCGUCAUCAUGAUCGUGUGCGGAAUGUUUGGCAAAUUCGGAGCACUGUUCGUAACCGUGCCCGAGCCAGUAGUCGCCGGAGUGUUCGUCGUAAUGUUCGCGAUGAUCACCGCCGUCGGUGUGUCCACGCUGCAGUACGUGGAUCUCGGCUCGUCCAGGAACCUCUUUGUGUUCGGGAUAUCUGUCUUUCUGGGUCUCGGCGUGCCAAAGUGGCUCGACGCGAACCCCGGUGCCAUUCAGACGGGUUCCCUCACAGCAGACCAGGUCAUCUCGGUGCUGCUGCGGACGCCCAUGUUCGUCGGGGGCGUCCUAGGGUUCUUCCUUGAUAACACGAUUCCCGGAACGGAUGAGGAGCGGGGUAUAAUCGCCUUCAGGAAUCGCGUUCAGGGCAGCAAGGACGCCCCACUCGUUAUUCAGGACACACGAUGUUACGAUAUUCCAGUUGGCAUGGAUACGAUCAAGAGAAUUAAAUGGUUACGGUGGCUCCCCUUUUCACCUACCUUUAGGGGCCUUCAGGAAGUAAGGACCAAUUUCCAGUCAAAUAAAGGAAAAGUAUAAGAUAGGUUUUCUUUGUUAUUCUUAGGCAAUAACAACCCUGUGAUUUUUUCAUGUUGUUACAAUAAAAGUUAUCAGAAUAUA